AUGCUCUACGAGUACGAAAGGUUACCGAGUGCUCGAUCCAUCCGGAUCUUAACGCUUUGUCCCGCCGAACAGCAUACCGAUGCCAUCGAAUGUACGAUCGAGGCAAUAGAGCUUGAAGAAGCCUCAUACGAUGCUCUAUCUUACAGCUGGGGCAUGAAUGAAGACGGCAACUCUUCACAGGACUACGAACUUUUCAUCCACGGUAAUCGACAGUGGAUUACUAGGAAUCUAUCCGAGGGAUUAAGAAGAAUAAGAGUAUGUGAUAAACCUAUACGUAUCUGGAUCGACGCCGUUUGCAUCAAUCAGCAAGAUAAUGUUGAGAGAUCCGUCCAAGUCGCCAUGAUGGUAGAUAUCUACGCUCGCGCCGAGAAGGUCCUUGUCUGGCUUGGAAACGGUACUGAAGAGAAAGAAGAUCUACUUAUGCUAGAUCUACUCGAGCGUAUCAAGAAGCGCACGGAACAGAUAAAGCCAUGGAAGGAACCAAGGUUGAGGCAUCAAAACUGCUUCGUUCUUCCUCUCCUUGGCGAGGAAUCCUUGUCCUGCUCUGGCUGUGUAGAAUACCAGCAGAGUGAGUCCGGCGGUGGUGAUCUCCAUGGAUUUGACGCACAUGUCGACUGGUUGAAAGAGUGUUUCAGAUCCAAGCCUUCCCUUAGGCGAGCCGCUUCAGAUAGGACCGAUAUGGCAAUAAGAUUCUUCUCCAGGCGGUACUGGAAGCGCCGAUGGAUACUCCAGGAACUGUCUCUCUCGAAUACACAUCACUGGUACUGGGGCCAGCACGUUCUGGAUAUGUCAAAAUUUCCCAAAGAUUGGAUUGAAGACCUUCUUCAGGCAAUCUGGCUAGUUGGGCAUGGGCUUCGGGAAACAUCAAAGGAUCUUACUAGAACUGUCGCGUGGCCUUACUUCACCGUCUCACUUGAUGAUGUAACCGGCGAUGACUCCUUCAGAACCCGAACAAGGGGGCUCUCAAAAUUGUGCAACUCCCAAAACCACGACAUCAUGAAAGAUAAAACAUGGAAUUGGUUGUUGAGCUACUUUCACUCAUCAGAGUGCUCUGAACCCAAGGACAUGUAUUAUGCAUUGGCGAGCAUGGCCAUACCCAGAAUCAUCAUUGAUUACUCGUUAACGGUUGCCCAAGUCUUUCAGCAAUUUGCCGAGACUAUGCUGGACAAUGGCGAAUGGAUAUGGGUGUUCGUUUGUGCUGCAGAAACCCCGAACAAUCAGGAAUCGUUAAGAAUGCCAUCGUGGGUUCCGGAUCCACGCUUGGUAGAUUUCCAUUAUGGAGGAGACGAACCUCCGAUGGGUAUACAGAUAUCUCAAAGGGACUCCUUAGUCUGCGACGUUCGCUGCCUAGGGGUCUUACGGACGCAAGAAGAGUUCAAUGGUGACCUUGACACUUACCGGAGGACACACGACUUCCAUGCCGUGUGGGAUGCUUCCUUUUGGCAAGUUUGCAGCUCACGUGAGCCAUCAGAUGAGAUCUCGGAGGUUAUUCGGCCUAGUCCUCUACAGCUUCGGAUCCAAUCUAACAAGGCACUCUCUGGUGAUAUACUUUGCUCGUGCUUAGAAAAGCUGACAAAUUUCGAUGUAUGGAUAAUCCUGCGUCGCAAGCCCGAGACGACUCAAACAUACGAGCUUGUUGGGGUGCAAGAAUCAGGUUUCGCGUUCUUAGAAUCGUUACCUAAGGAACAGCAUGAGCAAAGUUUUUCGGAAUGCCCCAAAAUCAAGAUGCGGAUUGCUUGA